UGCCUUUGAGCAGGACGUCUUUCUGAAGCUUUAGACCAAAGUUUCCUCCAGUGAGUUUUCAGGGGAUAGGGCAUUGGCAGUGGUUUGCCUCUCUUUUGUGCUGCCAAAGGAGGAACAGCCUGAACCCAGCACAUUCUUGCAUCUGUACUCUCACAGUUUUGCUGCUUUAAUGUGUUUGUAAGCUCCCUGCUUGUUUCUGCAGCCAUUGCCUUGAUGACCACUGCUGUCAUUUCUACCUGCGACCAUGGUGUGGUAGCAAAGAUCAAGAGAGUCAUCAUGGAGAGAGACACAUAUCCCCGCAAAUGGGGCCUCGGUCCCAAGGCCAGUCAAAAGAAGAUGAUGAUCCAGAAGGGCCUGCUGGACAAACAUGGAAAGCCCAAUGAGUGCACACCAGAUUCCUGGAAGAAGGAGUACGUGGAUUACAGGGAGUCGUCCAAGAAAGAGGCAGCUAAAGCUCCCCAGGCUGUGUCAGAAGUGGAAAGGGCUCCAAAAAGGAAGCGAGAGUCAGAGAGUGAAAAUGAGGCUGCGAGCCCCCCACCAUCCCCAGCCACUCCACCACCAGAGGAGCUGAGCAAAAAGGAGAAGAAAAAGAAGAAGAAAGAAAAGAAAGCCAAAGAAGCAUCUGAGAGUGGGGAAGAACAAAUCGAAGUGAUCAGUGAAACCAGCACCAAGAAGAAGAAGAAGAAAAAGAAACAGAAGGAGGUGGAAGAGAGCUCAGAGUAAGCAACUGGAUCUGUCCAAAGCAUGCGACCUCAUCAUUAGGGAGGGAGAAGUCUGAGGCCUUGAAAAAGAGGACUGCCUGUGCAGCUGAGGGGCCAGCAAGUUCCAAGCUCCUUUUCUGCUGUGCGUAUGAGUGAGAAGCUGUUUGCCCAGGACAUGCCCUGCUCCAGCACCCCUCCUCAUCCUGUUUUAAGGGUAGCCAGAGGAGAGUGGUGCCUGACUGCCCCUGCGCUGAAUUGCUCUGUAAGGCUGGACACCUCGAUGCCAACUGAAGUGGUAUCUUCAGGGAAGAUGCGGCUCCUUGCUCUUUGGGGUUUGUUUUCACCAUGAAAGAGAGGAAUAGCACUUUCCCUUCUCUCUUCUCCUGCUUCUUCCUCCUCUUCCAAGGUCGAAACUGUUACCCGACAGUUACAGAAUGUGUUUGUGUCUGAAGGACUGGCUUAGCCAUGGCCCAUCUGGGUUUGGCACCUUUGGAGACAGCUGAAUCGGUUAUUUGAGGGGCUGUGGUUGAUUUUAACGUGGCUGUGUACUUGGCCUGACCCUCAGCUAGUUGAGAACAAACGUCCAUUCUUUGGUACCUCUUUCCAACUUUAUCAUAAAAGGAUUCGAACGUGAAAUUCCUGCUUUUUGCUUUUUAGUGUGGGGACCUGCCUGUUAGCUGUGAGCUGAUCCCAGACCCAGGGUCCCCCAGUGAUGUUGCCAGUGCUGGCUCCAACCAAAUUAUUGGGAUGGGGCUGCAGCCCUCUCAGCUGCCUGCUGAUUUUUGGUAUCUAAUAUGCUCUGGAGGCAGUAGGUGGGGGUGCAGCUGCAGGGGCAGAGGCAGUGGGUGGGCAUGUUACAAGGCUGGUGAGCACAGGCUUGGCAGCUAUGCACAGGGCACUAAGUGUGGAGCCUGAAUGAUUUCAGGAUGAUUUCUCCCUAUUUCUUUGGGAUGGCUCGGUGGGAGCAGGUUACUUCUCUUAGAGGAACAGUGCUGAGCCAGGAUUUCAGCUGCUUUUAGUAGGGAAGGAUCCUGGCUGCUUUGUUCUGAGCUCUCUGCAGAGAUCCUAUAACAUCUGUCUUAGCCUCCUGAAUUGCUCUUGUCUUAAUCAUCUGACUUUUCCCUUCAAUGCUAGAGAUGCAGUCAGUGUGGACAGCAACCAAUGGCUGUCAGAAUCUGGGUUGAAAAAAGUUAAUUUUUAUUCACUCUUUUUUUACAUUAAAAAAAAAAAAAAUAAUAAAAGCCCUAUUUUUGAA